GUCUCCAUGUGAAGAGACUGCAGGGGCAACGGAAGGAGAGCAUCAAUGGCUGUGAACAUUGUCGCUGAUCGCACUGCGCUGGUCACAGUGGUCCUCACCACCUCUGUGCACAGCAAGCUGCAGACCUUGGAGGACUGUUUCUGGGGCUGUGCCUAUCGCCUACACCACACACUGAAAGACAGGAAACUACUCCCCGGUGCUGGAAAGACUGAAUUGCUUUGUGUUCAAACCCUUCAAAAGCACAUUAAAGAUAAUGGUGAGCAAACAAGAGGCAAAGAUGGAACCUCUGCCCCACAAGCUAAACAAGGAAGAGCAGGAAACCCACACAGGGCUGAUGUGUUUCAACUCAUGGCAGAUGGUUGGAUGGACUACAUUUCCACUCUGAUGUUGAACAGUGGAACAUGUUCAAAAGUGGACGCUUGGACUACAAUCAAUCAGCAGCUGAAAGAUUUCAAUGGGGGAUUAUCUCUAGAUGCUAAUUUCUCAAGACUGCUAUUGAGAGAUGACACCGAGGAUGGUAUGAUGUCCCCAGAUAUGAAGCGCAGUGCAGGGAAGGUCUAUGACAAUAUGACAGUGAAGUUUGAAGCAUGGAGGAAAGCCCUGGAUCUUGUUUUCCUUGUGUUACAGACAGACACUGAGAUCAUUACUGGCAUAGAUCCUAAACAAGUGGAGGGGCAAUCAAAUGUUAUGGUGCUUUGAUCGUUUUAAGUCAACACAUUUCUGCGUACUAUCAUUUUUGUAUAUUAUCAUGAAAUGCAUAACAUGUCUAAAUGUGUUUUAUUCUUUGAAUCCAAAUAUGCAGAAAAAUGAAUAAACUUUUGUAAUUUGAGGUAUAAUUUAAGUUAUUAGAGCUUGUCAGCCAUUAGUAAAUUACACUGGCCCAGCAACAUUUUACCACAUGGGGGAGACAAAGGAUAUGAACGUUAAUCCAUUUCACAUGGUUUCCAACUCUAUGGCUAUAUCAAUAAACAUGUCAAAAUCCAG